AAUAAUAAUAAUAAUAAUAAUAAUAAUAAUAAUAAUAAUAAUAAUAAUAAUAAUAAUAAUAAUAAUAAUAAUAAUAAUAAUAAUAAUAAUAAUAAUAAUACUAAUAAUAAUAAUAAUAAUAAUAAUAAUAAUAAUACUAAUAAUAAUAAUAAUAAUAAUAAUAAUAAUAAUAAUACUAAUAAUAAUAAUAAUAAUAAUAAUAAUAAUAAUAAUAAUAAUAAUAAUAAUAAUAAUAAUAAUAAUAAUAAUAAUAAUAAUAAUAAUAAUAAUAAUAAUAAUAAUAAUAAUAAUAAAAAUAAUUCUAAUAAAAAUAAUAAUAAUAAUAAUACUAAUAAUAAUAAUAAUAAUAAUAAUAAUAAUAAUAAUAAUAAUAAUAAUACUAAUAAUAAUAAUAAUAAUAAUAAUAAUAAUAAUACUAAUAAUAAUAAUAAUAAUAAUAAUAAUAAUAAUAAUAAUAAUAAUAAUAAUAAUAAUAAUAAUAAUAAUAAUAAUAAUAAUACUAAUAAUAAUAAUAAUAAUAAUAAUAAUAAUAAUAAUAAUAAUAAUAAUAAUAAUAAUAAUAAUAAUAAUAAUAAUAAUAAUAAUAAUAAUAAUAAUAAUAAUAAUAAUAAUAAUAAUAAUAAUAAUAAUAAUAAUAAUAAUGAUGAUGAUAAUAAUAAUAAUAAUAAUCAUAAUAAUAAUAAUAAUAAUAAUAAUAAUAAUAAUAAUAAUAAUAAUAAUAAUAAUAAUAAUAAUAAUAAUAAUAAUAAUAAUAAUAAUAACAAUAAUAAUAAUAAUAAUAAUAAUAAUAAUAAUAAUAAUAAUAAUAAUAAUAAUAAUAAUAAUAAUAAUAAUAAUAAUAAUAAUAAUAAUAAUAAUAAUAAUAAUAAUAAUAAUAAUAAUAAUAAUAAUAAUAAUAAUAAUAAU